CAAAAGCAAACUUUUCCUUUUUAACCUAUUCAUCUUCCUGUUCCGUUUUUAUUUAUUUCCUGCCGCUCCUGUGUCUCUCCUUCACCGCAAACCGAAGCAAACCACAGCUGGUGGUCAAGGGAAUGAUACAAAAGGAAAGGUCGAGGGAAUGAUACUCGGGCAAAGCAAAGCACAAAAUUAACAUUUAAUAAAGCAUUAGUGUGUAACCAGCACUGCUCUGGAUGCUCUUUCAACAAAUCUUAAACAUCCACUCAGACAAAACCGAUUCCUCUGUUUUCCUUCCCUGCCAUCUAUGGGACUCUGCCAGUCUCUCUGCUGCGGCGGCUUCACAAGAUCCCAGUCUCAUCAAAUCCCAAUCUCUUCCGAUUCUGCUCCUCCCCCGUAUCCACCAUUGCAAACCUCAGCCUCCCGGAACCAAAAUCCUUCAUCUUCCCAGGCCGGGACCAUUUUGCUCAAACCAUAUGUCGAUAUCACCACCCUUUAUGACCUCGACAGAGAGUUGGGGAGAGGUCAGUUCGGCAUCACUUACCUUUGCACCGAAAAGGCCACGACACGAAGAUACGCCUGCAAGUCUAUUUCCAGGCGUAAGCUAAUCACUGACAAGGACGUGGAGGAUGUUAGAAGAGAGAUUUCGAUACUACAGCAUCUGACCGGGCAACCCAAUAUCGUGGAGUUCAAAGGUGCUUAUGAAGACAGACAUAAUCUGCAUUUGGUGAUGGAGUUGUGUUCGGGUGGCGAGCUUUUUGAUCGAAUCAUAUCCAAGGGGAGUUACUCGGAACGUCAAGCGUCUUCGAUUUGUAGGCAGAUUGUGAAUGUGGUGCAUGCCUGUCAUUUUAUGGGGGUUAUGCAUAGGGACUUGAAACCUGAGAAUUUCUUGAUGGUUAGUAAGGAUGAGAAUUCUCCAAUAAAGGCCACUGAUUUUGGACUCUCUGUCUUCAUUGAGGAAGGUAGAAUGUAUAGGGACCUUGUUGGAAGUGCAUAUUAUGUUGCUCCGGAGGUUUUACAGCGGAGAUAUGGCAAAGAAAUAGAUGUGUGGAGUGCUGGAGUCAUUUUGUACAUUCUUCUUAGUGGAGUGCCUCCAUUUUGGGGUGAGACUGAGAAAGAGAUCUUUAAAGCAGUUUCGGAAGGUAAUCUCGACUUAGAAAGCCAGCCAUGGCCAUCCAUAUCUGAUGCUGCAAAGGACCUCAUCAGGAAGAUGCUGGCAAGGGAUCCUAAGAAACGAAUUACAGCUGCUCAAGCUCUAGAACAUCCAUGGAUGAAGGAGGGUGGUGAUGCAUCAGAUAAACCUAUUGAUUGCGCUGUUCUUAGCAGGUUGAAGCAGUUCAGAGUAAUGAACAAGCUCAAAAAACUUGCCUUGAAGGUGAUAGCAGAAAACCUAUCCUCCGAAGAAGAGAUCAAGGGCUUAAAACAAAUGUUCAACAACAUCGACACAGACGGAAGUGGUACAAUAACACCUGAAGAACUAAGGGUUGGAUUAGCUCGAUUAGGAUCUAAGCUAACCGAACCAGAAAUAAAGCAGCUUAUGGAUGCUGCCGAUGUGGACAAGAAUGGAAGCAUAGAUUACAUUGAAUUCGUCACUGCUACGAUGCAUCGACAUAAGCUUGAGAGGGAAGAUAACAUACACAAGGCUUUUCAGUUCUUUGACAAGGAUAGCAGUGGGUUUAUCACGAGAGAUGAGUUGAGGCAAGCAAUGACCCAGUAUGGAAUGGGAGAUGAGGCUACCAUAGAUGAAGUCAUUGAGGAUGUCGAUACCGAUAAGGAUGGGAGAAUCAAUUAUGAGGAGUUUGUAGCCAUGAUGAGAAGGGGAACUCAAGACUGGGAUAGUAUGUGAAAGAUGAGCCGAGUGAAGUGCUUACAGCUUGUGGAACUUGGGGGAAUUUAGAUCUUCCUGUUGGCCACUCCAACAUCUUGUUGAACUCAUC